AUGGCGGAGGGAGGAGAUGGAGGCGGAAGAGGAAGAGGCGCAGCAGGCUACUACAACACACCGAGCAUGGAGGCGAGAGGCAUGGAGGCGGCAGCAGGAGCAGGAGGCUCAGGCGAGGCUGGGGGGACUGCCGUGAGGAAUGCUGUCCUUGUUUGGGAUCGUCAAAUAUCGCAGCUGCGCGCUGACUCAGUGCAAGGAGGUCAACCUACAGCUUCAAGUCAGAUCCCUCCUACUCGUGCUCUCUCAAACUUGGCUCGUGCUUUUCAAACCUCUCCUCGAUCCCCCAGGCCACACGCCUUGCAACCUGAGCCCAAGCUUCCUUCCACAUCGUUCUCUCGAAGAAGUACGACGGUUAGCGAUCUACGAUCAUAUGCUUCAUCCCUUGCCCAACAACUGGCGGCCAUGCAGGCGAGCACAUGCGAGCACAUGCGAGCAGAGGACCUGAAGGGGCUGAAGCAUCUCGCUACGACAGCUCUAAAGCUCGAGCUCGCGAGGGAGUGCGUUCAAGCUACUGAAGCAGCAAAGUCAGAAAACGACUUUCUGUCUCCUCGUCAGGAUUCCAACUCAGCCAGAAAGAUGUUGUUCAAGGGCAGCAGCUCAGACAGCGAGCUCGAGCAUAAGACGCCAACAAAAGAGAUUGUCUAUCGAUUUCAGAUGAAAGAUUUGCAUGACCGGGUGAAUUUGGCGAUUCAUCAGGUGCAAGGAGUGAAGGACUCGUCGGAGAAGAUGUUUCAAGCGCUUUACGAGCAGUUUGUGUCUGUCAGCAGUAUUGAAGAUUCUUUGUCCACGUCAAACACGCUGCCUGCGGAAAUCAACGAAAGAAGCACGAUGGAGCUAAAACUUGACCGGUUGUUGCGCUGCCGACAAGUGCUGCUGGACAAGCAGCAGAGAGCAAGGGGCAUGCGAGCAGAGGAGAAGGUCGUGGCAGCUGGGGAGCAGGCGAGGAAGAGGUGUGACGAAGACAAGAGGCAGGAGGAGAGCAGCAGCAGCAGCAGCAGCCUGGAAGAGAAGCGCAAAGACGAGGGCGACGAGGAUGGCGCCAGCUUGUACGAGGUUGAGCAGAUGGAGCAUUAUAUUCGAGAGCAUGAGAAAUCUAUGGAGGUAUUGCAGAGAGAGCGAGCUGAAUUUGCGAGCAUCAUGAUGGAGCGCGAGAAGCGGCUGGUCGAGGAGGUGGAGAGGACUAGGGAGAAUCUCCUUGCUGCUCUGGACACCGUCGAUCUCCUCACAAACAUGCUACCUGCUGACCAGCAGCUUUGCAGAAGAGCUUCUUCGCCGUCUGGCUCCUGA